AUGUCUGGAUCUACUCAGCGCAUCCUUCAUAAUUCUUCCCACAAAACGAAAGAACCUAUCAGCACAUCUCAAACCGUUCUCAUGCCAAAAAUGAUGCGAUUUACAUCGAAUCGCUUUCUUGUGCUGAAAUCAUCAACGAAACUUUGGAAAAAAAACACCGAUCCUGUCAUUGAGAAGAUGGCUCUUGCCUUGAAAACAAAAGCCACACAAGAAGUGGCUGAUGGAGUUGAAGCUGAAAAGAGGGGCCGUAGUAUUGUGAUCACUGGUUUAUCGGAAUUGGGUGCCAAUAGAUCUUUGAAAGAAAGGCAGAGAGACCUCGAAGAAAAAGUGGCCAAUGUCCCUGAUGCGCUUGAAGUUGACUGCCUGCCCGAAGUAGCUUAUAAGUUGGGAACGUUCAACGGUAACAAGCCAUGUCCUGUUAAAGUUAUACUUCCUUCUCGUUCCCACUGGGCAAAGGCUCUGUUAAGAGCGCAGCUCCUACGCCGCACAAACCUUUCGAACAUAUUUUUACGUAAAAAACAUGACCGCGGCAGAACGAAAACGGGAUUAUGA